UUUGACUGUGUUAGCCUUGAAGGGCGUCAUGUAAUUAAUUUGGAAAAUUUUUAGUAUUUUUGUUGUUUGGCCUGUAUUUGGGAAUGGAUGACGUAAUGUGGAGUUUUGCGAAGUUAUAUCAUUCUUUACUCAUGGCUCCUUCUCACUUUAAUAUGAACAUGAACUGACAAUAACCGGCAGCGUAUUAGUUUACGUGAAGUGUCAUUUCAGUACCACCUGAUAAGAAAGUUGCUAAUUGAAAAUGGCAGCUGAAGGUGGGGUUGUGAGCGUGAAAAGCCGAUUCAGCCAAUUGUGGGAAUGGUUGCAGUGGUGUCCAGUUUCAACAGAUACUCUUCGGACAAUUGAAAAGAAAAUAAUGACAUGUUUAAAAACAAAAUAUCGUGGAUGGUAUGUCGAUAUAGGAGCUGUUGUCGGGACAUCAGACAAAGUAUGGACCGUUUCUCUUAAUGAAGAAUCUCCACGAACACCAAUUGUAUUACUUCAUGGUCUCGCAGCAGGUGUUGCUUUGUGGUGUCUUAAUUAUGAUUCAUUGGCCAGCAAAAGACCUGUAUAUGCAAUUGAUCUUCUGGGUUUUGGUCGAAGUUCAAGACCAACAUUCAGCAAAGAUGCAAUGGAAGCAGAACAGCAAUUUGUGCGCUCUGUGGAGGAAUGGCGGCGUGAAAUGAAACUGGAAAAAAUUAUACUCUUGGGACACAGUAUGGGUGGAUUCCUUGCUGCAUCUUAUGCACUUGCUCACCCACAGAGAGUGAAGCAUCUGAUACUGGCUGAUCCAUGGGGCUUCCCAGAAAGACCACCUGAAGCUUCAAGACGCAUUCCUCUCUGGGUUCGAGCAAUUGCUUUUCUUAUGCAACCAUUUAAUCCAUUGUGGCCUAUUCGGUUGGCAGGACCAUUUGGUGAGUGGUUAAUAGCAAAGACGAGACCUGAUCUUACAAGAAAAUUCGCACCAGCACUUGAAGAGAAUGUUAGCCUGAUACCUCAGUACAUUUAUCAGUGCAACGCUCAGAAUCCCACAGGUGAAGCUGCAUUUCGUGCAAUGAUGUCUGGAUUUGGGUGGGCAAAACACCCAAUGAUUCAACGUAUACAUUCCUUGCCUCCAGAGAUUCCAAUAACCAUAAUAUAUGGUUCAAGAUCUUGGGUUCAGAACACACCGGGAGAAACAAUAAAGCAAGCUCGCACAAAUUCAUAUGUCAAUGUGCAGGUAAUUACAGGUGCUGGACACCAUGUAUAUGCUGAUAAAAGUGAAACUUUUAAUCAGCAUGUACUUGAAGCAUGUGAGCUGUCAGACAGACGUGAUAGCAGACUGUUGGGUACUCUUCCUCAAAAUGGAGAUGAUGAAAGUGAUGAUGAAAAAAGUGAAAGUGAUGCUGAGGGAAAUAUACUGGAGGAUAUACGUUUUGUUCCUAGUUGAAACAGUCUAUGGAUCUCAUAUUUCGUGAAAUGUAAAACUGCAAUUUGUUUGUAGUUGAAUUUGUUGAAGAUUGAAAUUCAUAUAUGCAAUUGUUUUAAAUAUCUUAAAUUUUAUUUAUGAUAAAAUGGAAAUUCAGUGUAAAAUAAAACAUAUUUUAACAUGUAUAA